AUAUCUCUAAAUCCGCAAGCGUUCACUAUCAUUAUCGGGCUGAAACUUGAGGCAACUGAAUAGAGCGCACAGCAGAACGGCAGAAUGCAGUCUUUGUACAAAGUUGUGAUGCCGAUCCUCACGCAUCGUCCUCCACAAUGGGCACAGUUUAUCUCUUCAUUGUUACGGGUCAAGGCAGCACUCUUUCUACUUUGCAUCCAGAGUUUUCUGAAGCUGGGGGUGUCGUGCUUGCCUAUGAUGACUCAGAGAUAUGCUGGUACGUUCUGAGUUUGUCUUCCCAGCAAUUUUUGUUCAAUUUAUCGAGCAUAAGUUCUGGCUUCGAGAUCAACGUGCGGAACCUUGACAUCGAACCUUGGCCCCUACGCGUGCAAUCCCGUUUUCUGGUGUCACUAAGCUACGGGUUUUAUCUAGACUUUCAAUGCUAUACAAAGGAUCAAUUACAUCCCUUUCGGCGACCUCUUUUCUGCAUCGGAUACAGUAGUGAAGGUCGACUGGGUGGGAUGAUAAGACAACCCACAAGACAACUUUCUAGAGCAUUGAGCUUAAUGGUUAAGAUGGGGAUGGGUGUCUUGUCAGUUAACCACAUCUUGUUCAACCAGGGUACCAGUCUUCUGCCGCAUGAACCAUUUCAUAUUGCUUUCCAGUGCAUUGGGGACUCGCUGUCUGCUGUAAGUACUUGAAGUGUCACGCACGUCUCAAGUACGUACGUUCACCAGUCUAAUACUUCCGUUGGACGUCGACCCAGCUUGGCCGUUCCUGAUAUCUAACUACUCCAGAAGUGAACAUAACAUUCAGGCUCAACCUGCAAUUGCCCUCUCAGUCAGUCUACAACUGCAUCCAUUCGGAUUGAUCAGUAUACCCUGAUAUCUGGCUCCGUAGGGUAUCGACUCGUACGGAAAUGAUCACGGAAUUUCCAAAGUUAGCCUUCCUUUCGUCUCUUCUGAACUCUAUGACCUCAUGGUGAUUUCGAAGACAAAAUACUUUGGUAAAUC